UUUCCGGGCUUCGUCCCGCUCGCGCGCGUCCCCCUGAGAUCCCUCACGGGGAUUGGCCGACACGCGGCGAGGGGCGGGGCCAAUGUGAGCACGGGACCAUCCCACAGGUGAACGAGGAGGUGGAUUCCCCAAUUGCAAAUCAUGGCAAGCAAAAAGCUGAAGAGGACAGGCCUGUCUUCAGAUUUGUGUGAAAGGCUUAGCAAAUACCAGAUUAUAAACUGUCAGGACUUUCUAUCCCUUUCUCCACUGGAGCUGAUGAGAUUCACGGGUCAGAGUAUCCAGAAGGUUUCUGCAUUAGCAAGAACUGUCAGUAAGGCUUGUGCUCCUAAAAUGGUCACCGCACUUGAAAUGAAAGCGGAAAGAUGUUCAAAACCAUCCAUUGCUUUCUUCCCCACCUCUCUGACCAAACUUGACGAGGUCCUUCACGGUGGACUAGCCUGUGGAACCCUGACUGAGGUGACAGGUCCUUCGGGCUGUGGAAAGACACAAUUCUGUAUGAUGCUGAGCGUGUUGGCCACCUUGCCUGUCAGUAUGGGUGGUCUGGAUGGAGCAGUCAUUUACAUUGACACCGAAUCUGCUUUUAGUGCUGAGCGGCUAAUAGAGAUAGCAAGGUGUCGAUUCCCUAAUUACUUCCAUGAAGACCCGAAGCUGAUUGCAAUGACCAACAGAAUUCACUUGUACCGUGAACUCACUUGCUUGGAUGUGUUAAAAAGAUUGGAAUCCUUGGAAGAAGACAUUAUCUUGAAAGGAGUAAAAUUGAUUGUGGUGGACUCAGUUGCAUCAGUAGUUCGCAAAGAAUUUGAUACCAGGCUCCAGGGUAACCUGUCAGAGCGUAGUAACCUGCUGUCAAGUGAAGCUGCCACACUGAAAUUUUUGGCAGAAGAAUUCUCCAUUCCGGUCGUCCUAACGAACCAGAUCACAACAAGGCUGAGUCAAAACUUUGUGCCAAACUCGAGCACAAGUCAUUCCUCCCUGCCUGAAGAUUGCGGGAUAAGUCCUGAUGGAGAAACAAGCUACGCAACAGCAGCUCUCGGGAACACGUGGAGUCACAGUGUCAACACUCGACUCAUCGUGCAGUAUCUGGACUAUCACCGCAGGCAGAUGAUCAUCGCAAAGUCACCACUUGCUCCAUUCGCUGUGUUUAUUUUCACCAUUCAGAAGGAAGGUCUUGUCCUGCGAGGCGAAGACCCCCUACCUGGUUCGUCUGCUGAGGGAACAGAUCCCGGACUCCAGCCAAUUGGAGUCCGGAGCUCGUUUGCAUACUGCUCACACUGGGACCUGCCCGGCUUAUCCCAGGCCAAGCCCUGACCAAUCUAGGAUUGUGUGUCAAUCGUAAAUGGAAUUUAUCCUAUUGCUGGCCUGGAUGAAGGAAUAUUAAUCCUCUCCUGAUGAUGUUGCGACUGGGACCGCCUGGGAAUGGAUAAGCAGUUUGGAAAAGGAAGGUAUUAUGGACUUGGACAUCAUGACCCUUGAAUUCAUGGACUGAUGGCAUAGAGUAUGGGACCUGAAAGCCGUGUGUCCCGGUCAAAUAUGGAAAUGAAGUGAAUGCAGCAAGGAGACGUCACCAAUGAACUGAGAAGGAUUGUUGAUGACCUGACUUAAGGCACACUCUUCGCCUGAGUUUUAUCUGAGGUUCAGAUCAUUUGGAGUCGGGGUGUGCAGCUUAAACAAAUCCCUAACAAGGUAGCAACCCUAAAAGCUGAAAAUGCACCAUGCUGCGAUCAGGAAGGCCCCAGGCUGGAUUCCCAGACUGCACAGGGGCACCAACAGAAAUGUUAGAUGUGGCUUCACAGCUUUUCAAGAUCGCAAAGGGCAAACUAUUCAGCCAGGGCUUUCACUCCAGAUCACAGACCAGUAAUCCCCUCUGGAAACAGCAAUUUAGGAUGGGCCACUUCCUGAGAAACUCAUGGUGAACAACCUGGGGGUAACUCUAUCUGCAUUCACGUUGGUCAAAUGGGUGAAGUGAUGUGUGGGAUAGGGAGGUUAAGGUUGAAGAGUCAGAGAGGGCGAGGCCAUGCUUGUUGGGUAGCUGGGUAAUGGAAAAGACACAAUUAGGGGAGCGAGGUCGGGGAUGGAAGCUUUAACAGCACCCAGUGUCUGAAGGAGGAUUUGGAUAUAGCAUUGCCAAUCCUCCUGUCUCCAUAUUGAGGUAAGUCAAGUGACUUUGAACUAAUCUUUUGAAAGUGGGUGUGGGGGAAGCACAACCAGCAGCAACCUCUCUCAGAACCACAGGGUCAGCUGGCAAAAACCAGGCAACACUGUCUGCAUCUCAUACAGCGCACACCGUCGUCAUAACAAGAAAAAUACCCAUCAGGCCCCUGGAUUCAGGGGCAGGGUUGACCACUUUGAUAAGCAGCUGACUUCUGAUGUGGAAUGAAUUGGCCUUUGCCCUUCUGACCCUGUUGAGUGCCCCCUUUACAACUGUGAAGUAGCUUUCAUCACAAAUGGACCAAAGGGCUCUCCAACACGAGUUAACCCAAAAUGAGUUACUGUUCGAACUGAGUCCUGAUAACGGGCCUCAAGAGGAGGGGAUUUUGUGUUUCAGCCUCUCUUUGGGCAGCUGAAGGCAACGAUGAAGCUAUGUAGCAGUAUCUGUGGCACCAUCACAGGUGGCUGCUCCAGGAGGUUUCUUCGUUCGCAAACACAGUCUGGUCAAAUUGGUCUUUUUUGCUCCAUCUCCAAUCUCUCAUAUCCAAGAAACGCAUUGUGGGAAGGGAAGGGGCUUUGAAGCCAUCAUCAUUUUCCAGGAUAAAUGUGAGGAUUUCGCAACUCCAAAACAGCAUUGUCCUUACUCCAUGUUACUGUUCUGAGGUGUCUCGAGGGUGGCUGUUCACAAACAUGCCUCUGAGACCCACUUGUCGUGCCCUGGAUACAGCAAAGGCUGUCUGAUUGACACGAUUGAUCGGUGCUAUCCCAUGACUGCUGUUUUUGUCCAAGACGAGCCAAUAAAAAGUUACAUUAAAACAA